AAGGAGGUGUAAGGACAUAUCCAAAAUCAUUACGUUUCUUUCUACCUCUUCUUCCGGCGGCCGUCUCCCAUUCAUUUCCACUGGCAAUUUCUCUUUCACUCUCCACGCCACCAUGCCCUCGUCUUCCUCCCAUGCAUCCUCGCCGGAGACUCACCGUCUUGAACCUCUCUUAGGCUCUAUUCGUCCUUUCCUCCGUGGCGAGCUUGAAAAGGUAAACCCGAUUCUUCCAUCUCUUAUCUCCGUCCUCCGCUCCGUCGGCGCCGGCGAAUGCUGGCACAAGCACGGCACCUUCCUCGAUCACCUCGUUGAUAUCUACCGUAUUCUCAAAAUCUGGAAAGCGCAAGAACCGGUUUGUUUGUGCGGUCUAUUUCACUCCGCUUAUUCCAAUUCCUAUGUCAAUCUCGCCAUUUUUGAUCCUUCCACCGGUCGUGAUGUUGUCCGUGGUCAUGUCGGUGAGGCGGCGGAGAGAUUGAUUCAUUUGUUCUGUAUCGUCCCUCGGCAAUCGCUGAUUCAUGACGAUCUUCUUUUCCAUUACUCCGAUUCAGAACUCGUAGAUCACCUCAAAUUUUCCAACACAUCGCUCAAGAACGCCCUGGAAAACGGACAUUUCAACGAGGAUGAAACCUGGAGGAAGAAGCUACAGUCGAUUCUUCCUGCCAAUGGCGUAACCGUAAAACACAUCAAAACCGGAGAAGACGUGACGGUUUCAAGGCGAGUAGUUGCGAUUUUCCUCAUGAUGACAAUAGCCGAUUUCAGCGAUCAACUCUUCGGAUUUCAAGAUUCAUUGUUUGAAAACACCAAUGGCCGUCUCGAAUUCCCAGGUAACAAUUACAAAUCUCUUUGGCCUGGAAACGGAAAGCCUGGACUAUGGAUGAACUCCGCAUCAAGAAUGGGAGCAAUAUACACCCUAAUCGCAAGAGAGGAAUCCAUUCUAAUCGCACAAAGAAAAAGAAACAACGAAUUAGGGGUGAAAACAGAGAGAGACGAGGAUUUAGAGCUUGUAAUUCCUCCAAUUUUCGAGAACUGUACAAGAGUUCUUGAUGCAGAUGAUCAAAUUACAGCAAGAGAUUUGUACUGGGAAGGUGUUUGUGAAAAGUCGGAUAGAAGUGAGGAGUUGUUAUUGAAAUGUGUGAUGAAGAAUCCGUUUAUUGGGGAGGCGCAUGUGGCAUUGGGGCAGUUAUAUCUGGGUGAAGGGCGGUUUGAGGAGGCUGAAAAGGAGGCUGAGGAAGGGGUGAGGUUGAUGCUGACAUGGGGAAGUGCUUGGGACAAGAGGAUGCCAUGGGAGGGAUGGAUUGCUUGGGGGAGAGUUCUGUUGAUGAAGGCUAAAGAGAAGACAUGGCCCAACACAUCAUGGGGAAUCCUCAACUUGGGGCUAGUAAAGUAAGUCAAGUUCUCCUCUCUGUAUUUGUGCAGUGUCCAUUUGUUUGCAUUUCAUGUAACUUAGGUGUGUCAAUCAAUCCCUAAGCUUAGUUUCAACUGAUUAAAUCAUAUGUGGGAUUGAUUAGAAAGUGUUGGAGAAUUUUGUUACUCCAAGUGUAAUUGUAAAGAAGUUUUUGUGAACGUUCUAAACUUAUUUAAAGUAGGCUGUCUUGCUUCUGUCCCACCAAAACCAAAAUUGAAAUGAUAUCAAAGUUUUUUUUACAAGAAA